GUCGAGCUCGGUCUACGUUCGGACGUUUACGCGUCGGUGUUCACUUCGGCAGACAGGAUUUUUGUUGCGAUAACUGCAAGGAAGACAUCCAAACCGUAGCAUAAGUUGCAAAUUAUGCGUUGAUCGCAGCGGUUGGAUGUUGCACCGCUGAAUAUGUGAUAGUGAUUUUUGGGUUGAAUUUUAGUAUGGUGAAAACCAGUAAUCAGAGGAAGCAGUUUUGGCUCGAAACCCGAGUGAAAUCCAUUCAACAAGCGAAGUGUGAGCGUUUAUCGGAAUUGGUUUGAAGAAAGCAAAAUAUUCUUAAAAGAAAUCACAUUCGGUUGGUCCGCAUCGGCCGAGGGUUGUGAAAAGCGUGCAAAAGGAAAAGUGGGAAAUUUAGGAUACACGGUUGUGUGUUGGUGUUUCGCCAAAAAAUAUUGAUGUCGGCAUCGUAUUGAAGUGCAAGUCGAGCAAAAUUUGUCCGGAGUGAGAAGAAAGAUGUGUGUUCAGAUUGCUUCAUCUGGUUUGAUGGUUUUUUGCUUAAGGUUUCUUGCUUCGGUUGUGAAGUGAAGCAACACAGAAGCGAAAGAAAAAUCCGAGAAUUUCGUGUUGCUACGGAAUAUAAUGAAGUUAGUGGAAACAAGUGAAAAAAACAACAAAAAGGGUGUAAAGAAUGAGCAAAAUGGCAAACGUGUACUCGGUGUUCAGUUCCAUUGUCCUGGUGUUUGGUUAUGCUAAUGUUGGAUUAAGCAUUCAGCAACCGGAUGCAUAUGGCAUGCAUGAAAUGUCGGGUAUUGGCCCGGAUGUCGACUUCCAGCACCACAACCGCUGCGAACCGAUUACAAUACCGUUCUGUACGGAUAUUCAGUACAACAAAACCAUCAUGCCGAACUUACUCGGUCACGUCAAGCAAGAAGAGGCAGCCCUCGAGGUGCACCAGUUCAUACCGUUGGUUAAAAUCGACUGCAGUCCAGAUCUCAAAUUUUUCCUAUGCUCCUUGUAUGCUCCGGUCUGUACAAUCCUUAGCUAUCCGAUACCUCCCUGUCGGAGUCUGUGCGAAAGUGCUCGCGUGUGCGAAAGUAUCAUGCGGACUUUCGAUUUCCAGUGGCCGGAGAACCUCGAGUGCAGUAAAUUUCCGACCGAAGGCAAGGAACUUUGCGUGUCGCAGAACAACUCAUCCGAAAGUACCCCGAUACCACCGAGUGCGAUCCAUACUACCAAGCCGCAGAUACCCCGGCGGAACACCGCACCAAACGUGCCCCACCGGGAUUUGGGCUUCGUCUGUCCCGUUCAAUUGAAAGCCCCAACGAUUAUGGGUUAUCAACUGACGGUUGGUGGAAAGGUCACAAAAGAUUGCGGUGCACCCUGCAACUCGAUGUUCUUUUCAGAAAACGAACGAACCGUGCUCAAGUACUGGGUCGGUUCGUGGGCAGCCGUCUGCGUGGCGAGCUGUCUGUUCACGGUGCUUACGUUUCUGAUCGAUUCGUCGCGUUUUCGAUAUCCGGAGCGGCCGAUUGUGUUCCUUGCAAUCUGCUAUCUGAUCGUUGGCUGUGCCUACGUGGCCGGACUGGGGGCCGGUGAUUCGGUAGCGUGCCGGGAGCCGUUCCAGCCACACAUCAAACUGGGCCGGAUGCAGAUGCUGGCGACCAUCACACAGGGCCACCGGCAGUCCACUCUCUGUACGGUACUCUUCAUGUCGCUGUACUUCUGCAGCAUGGCGGCUUUUGCCUGGUGGGCCUGUCUGGCGCUAGCCUGGUUCCUAGCCGCCGGCCUCAAGUGGGGUCACGAGGCGAUCGAGAACCGGUCCCAUCUGUUCCAUCUGGUGGCCUGGGCCAUCCCGGCGGUGCAGACGAUUUUCGUGCUCGCACUCGGCAAAGUGGAAGGUGAUGUCCUAUCUGGGGUGUGCUUCGUAGGCCAACUGGACACUCACUCGUUGGCAAUGUUCCUACUGAUUCCGCUAUGUAUCUAUCUGACGCUCGGUGCGAUCUUCCUACUGGCCGGGUUUGUGUCCCUGUUCCGCAUUAGAACCGUCAUGAAGCACGAUGGCACCCGAACGGACAAACUGGAACGACUAAUGAUGCGGAUCGGAUUUUUCAGCGGCCUGUUCAUUCUGCCGGCGCUGGGCUAUUUGGGUUGUUUGUUCUACGAGUUCUACAACUUCGACGAUUGGAUGAUUCAGUGGAACCGGCAGAUGUGCCGGAUCUUCUCGAUUCCUUGUCCGGCUACCAAGUACAACAGUGAUAUGGUACCGGAAGAGGAAAAACCAAUUUUCCACAUCUACAUGGCGAAGUACGUGUGCUCGAUGCUGGUCGGUGUGACGUCUAGCGUUUGGCUGUGGUCCGGAAAAACGGUGGUUAGCUGGAGACAAUUUGCGGAGCGGUUGCAGGGAAAAGAUAGUCGCAGUCGGGGAGCUUACGUUUAAUAGGAAAGAUCGAUAUACGGAGGAUAUCCAUGAAUGUUAUUGCAUUUAGCUAACCGGUAGUCAAGUAUCAGAUUUCGAUUUUUUAUCACAUCUGUUUUUUAUCCUAACUGUUCAAGAGUUUAUAGUGGGUUCGAUUAUUGCCAACCCCAAACAACAAACUAGUGGGAAAACUUUUUACACCAAAUCUACGGCAGAUAGAACCCAUCAGUUUAGAGAAGCUGCCUAUCCGUUUGUAGCGAAAUGAAUGUGUUGCAUAAAUUCAUUAACGUAACAUAAUUGGUCGGUAGAUUGAUCUUAAGACACAUAAACCAUCCUAACCGGUCGAUGUGAAUUCCUCAUAGAUCGAGACCCGAAGAGCAUUGAACAAUUUCGUUCAUAGACUGUUCCAAUCCGAUAGUAAACCCCAGAUAUUCACGGAACUUGUCUUCUGUACUAAAGAAAACGAAUAAUCAAAAUAGAGCCCUCCUUGUAGAAUAUCAUGUAGCUGUUAAGUAUCUCUGUAAAUUGUAAACCCAGGCUUUUUCUUGCUAGAGAAAAAAAACGCUUCUCCCAAAACUGGGGAAUAAUUUCGAAGUUUUAUUCAUGAUUUGAAUAAACGUUGCCAAAUAUAUAUAGAAAGUUCAGCAAUUUUAUGUUGAAGAAUUGAACAUAACAAUUUCAUUUUCACAGUGUACGUAAGUCGAUUCCUUUAGUCAAACUGUAUUCGACCAAAGCGAUUGUACCGAAUUGCAUGGUUUCGAUACAUUUAUAGUACAUGAACUCUUUUUUACCUUUACAUCAUAAGUUUUAAUUUAAGGCUGAUCGAAUUGUGUCAUACAAAUGGACUGCACGUAUAAAGUAUUUGUUUACAAAUGUAAAAAAAAUAUCUCUAAGAAUGAAAUGUGUCGAUGGAGAAACUGUUACAUAUACAAAAAGAAAUACGAAUAAUGGUGUCAUUCGUGUUGUAUAUUUGACUUGAAUAAAAUGCUGUACGAAACAAGAA